CCUGCAUACCACUGCUGCUGACGAUCCCACACAAACACACACAAAGGGACUCUCUUACACACUCUCACAUCUCAUUCACUCAUCAUACCACACUCACAGAGGCUCUGAAUCUCAGACCAGUGCUGAGGGAUGCUACCGGCUGGCAAACACUGACAACCUUCAGAGCUCAGAGUUGAGGCACACACACUGUGCCUUCACCUCCUGCUGCACCGGGGAAGAACACUAGACAGAGGACACUACAGUGACGACCAGCAGUUAGACUGCACCUGAUCCCACAUCCUUCAAAGAAAAGGGAACCUGACUCUGGAGCAGGAAAAAGGAGCGAUCAUACCCCACCACUGAAACACGACCCACUGGACGGAGAGACAGAGGGGCUGACGGCCGUCUCUAUCACCCUGGGAGAAGAGACAGGAUGCUGGCAAAAAUCCUUGAGGAGAUGUGGGUGGAUCCUGAGGUGCUGGAGGCCCUCAGUGAGGAGCAGAAGAGGAUCCUCUUCUUGAAGAUGAGAGAGGAGCAGGUACGCCGCUGGAGAGAGCGGCAGGAAAGGGAGGAGAGGGAAGGAAGAGACGACAACAACACUCGGCCAAAGAAAGCCUUCAAUAAACAUGUGAGGUGGCUGCUCGGUAGGGACGGCGAUGUGAGCGUCAGUGUAAUCGGAGACGUGGACGAGUUCAGGUCCUCCAAGCUCCUGCAGAGUCUCAUGAACAACAGAGUCCACAGUGAUGAUAUGAAUGGCAUCCAGACAGCGGACUUGCUGCCAGGAAGAGAGGCCCAGCAGCUUGGCUUUAAAGAAGACGUCCAGCUGUCCUUCGCAGAUGUUGGCGAUGGCCCAGCUUCACCAAACAGACAGUUAUCUGAGGAGGACAUGGACUCCGGCAGCGCGGAUGACGACCCGAAGGACAGCGACAGUGAGUCAGGCAGCAGCUCGGACAACCACGGCGACUGGACUCUCCACAGGCCCCAUCUUAGUAGCAAUGGCAACCAGCCGCCACUCAAAGCCCAGCUGUCAGACACAGAGAGGGCCGGCCCACAGGACAGAGGGACUGUUUCCGAACAUGGAGGUCGCGUGGCGCAGCUCAGGAAGGCCUUCACUGACGAUCCCCGCAGCACACCAUCUGCCUACUCCAAACCUCCUUUACCUGCUAAACCUGUUCACCUACAGAAAAGAAGCACACCCUUAAUCCAUUAAGGCUGAUGGUGUGUCCAGCCUGCUGCAAGACUAUACUUGACCCCAAAGAGGCAGAGCCUGCUGCACCGCGUGCAGACAAUAAUGGCUCAGCUAGACACUGUUGGUCCAGGCUGAGGCCACACACAUAUGAAGAAAAGGAUCCUUACUUGAAACCGAGCAGUGAACUGAGAUACACUUCGUCAGGCUUCCAUUCAAGGGCCGACCCAUAGGCAGAAAAAACAUCUGGGAGGGAGGUGGAGUGAGAGAAAGACUUGAAAGCUUUUGAACUGAAGUCAACCUGAAUGAUAAAACGGAGCGGCUUUGAUGUUGCUGAGUUCAAAUGCGCUCACAUACUUUCUGUGAUUGACAGGCAGACGCAGAGAGAGAUGUCCAGAGAGACACAGACGCACAGACUAUUGACUACAGGUGUAAAAAACCCCACUGUGGUUCACCUGUUAAAUCGGUGUUAAUGAAGUUUUAUUAUUCACAUGUCAUAAGCAGAGGUUAUUGGGAAGUGAAAGAUUUAUUUGAUAAAAAUUAUACUCGGGUCCCUUUGUACUCUUCAAAAGGUUUAAACUGUUUUAAAUGUAGUCCAUGUAACUUUGUCACUGUACUGUUUUAACACCACUGCCUUUCAUCUGCAUUGACAACCUCUUCAUUCAGCGUAUCAUCUAUAGUCACAAUGGUGCCGGGGGGUUUGGGGGGAUAAAAUAAAACGAUUGAAUUUGUGGUAAAUGAUAAA